AUGCUCUCUAACCGCCUCCCCCUCAUCGCGGCCGCUGGCUUCGCCCUGCUGUCUACCGUCGCCGCCGUUGCCCCCAUCGAGGUCCAGGGCGCCCAGUUCGUCGAUAGCAAGUCCAAGGACCGCUUCCAGAUCCUGGGCGUGGACUACCAGCCUGGCGGCUCUUCUGGCUACAAACCCCAGUCGGGUCAAGAUCCCCUAACCGACGCCGAUGUCUGUCUGCGCGACGCCAUUCUCCUGCAGCGCCUGGGAAUCAAUACCAUCCGCAUCUAUAAUGUCAGCCCCGACUUCAAUCAUGACAAGUGCAUGUCCAUCUUCAAUGCCGCCGGCAUCUAUCUCCUCCUCGACGUGAACACCCCCGAGUACGGCCAGCACCUUAAUCGCGAAGACCCCGCCUCCACUUACCACAAGGGCUACCUGAAGCACAUCUUCUCCGUAGUUGAGGCUUUCAAAGACUAUCCGAAUGUCCUAGGUUUCUUUGGCGCCAACGAGAUUAUCAACGAAAAGUCCGCUAAAGAGGUCCCCGCCUACAUUAGAGCUGUCCAGCGUGACCUAAAGGAAUAUAUCGCAAAACACUCUACUCGCAAAAUCCCCGUCGGUUACUCCGCCGCUGAUGUCCGUGAUAUUCUCGAGGAUACCUGGCAAUACACCUCCUGCGACGCUGGAGAUUCUUCCAACUCCGACUUUUUCGGCCUCAACUCGUACUCCUGGUGCGGCAACUCCAGCUACACUACCAGCGGCUAUGACAAGCUUGUCGCAAUGUUCAAAAACACCCCCCUCCCCGUCUUCUUUUCAGAAUACGGCUGCAAUGAGGUCAAACCUCGCGUCUUCUCUGAAGUCCAGGCCAUUUAUGGCAAGGAGAUGACCGAGGCCAUGUGCGGCGGCAUGGUCUACGAGUACACCAUGGAAGAAAACGAAUAUGGCCUCGUCUUGCUCGGCAACGACAAGAGUGCCAAACUCCUCGUCGACUACGACAACCUGAUGUCGCAGUACAAACAGCUCGACGUCAAGCAGCUCAAGAACUUGAACCCCAGCACCGCCUCCAACAAACCCGAAAAGUGCAAGUCCAGUCUCAUUAAAGCCAGCGGCUUUUACAACAAAUUCAAUAUUCCCAAGCUUCCCGAGGGCGGAAAGGAACUCUUGGAUAACGGCGUGGCUGGCGCUAAAAAAGGCAAACUCGUCUCCGUUGAUAAGACCAAGAUGGAGUCCAAAGUCACUGACAAGAACGGCAAUGCUAUCAACGGCUUGGAGCUGAAAGUUCUCAAAGAUGAUCAGUCCAACGUCCCUGGUGAGAACACCUCAGGUCAAGCUGCAUCCACUGGCCCUGCUGGUCCCAAGAAGACUGGCGCCGCCGCAAAAUCUGUUGCUGCUGGUGUCGCCCCCGUUCUCGCUGCAGUUGCUGCUAUAUUUACUCUCGUAGCAUAG